AUGGAUGGCUACGGGAUACCAGCUUCAGGGCCGAGACCACCCCAACGAUUCGACGACGCAUCCUCUGAAUCGGAAGAAGAGGAGGGGAUCGGUUUCCCGGCUGGGGGUGGCGUUGCAGAGUCCGAGUCAGACGAAGAAGAUCAGAACCAACGCAAUGGAAAAGCGCCUGCAAUCAGCUCGAGAUGCAGCGUAAAAAAGCUUCAUGAUUUGCUGGCGUCUCUUGAGAUGGAUUUUAGGGGGCUGCUGGAGCUACCAAAGAUAACCAAGACGGAUAGGCAUUUCUUAAUGUCUAUUUUAGGUCACAUAGACGAGGAAGCAAGUUCCAUCACUAUCGAUCACAAGCGCGACGUGCAGUUCUAUGACGAAGAUGUUCACACUGUCCUUGGCAUACCUUGCGGAGCUGCGCCUGUUAGAGAUGCAGGUCAUCAUGUUUCAGAGGAGGUGCUCACACUGAUCAGAGGCAUGUUUGGUAUCGGACCAGGAGAGCACAGCAUUUUGCCAAUUGUUGAAGCAGUGAAGAUGACAUACGGCCGCCGUAUGACUGUGGGUGAGAAGAACAAAUUCAAAGUGGGGCUGGUGAUAUGCGCAUGCACAUACCUCCUUGCUCCAACGCUGGAGAACGACUACUUCUGCACCGAUUACUGGGGCGCGUUGGCCACACCUGAUCUCAUACAUAUGCACAAAUGGUGCAGAUACACACGAGAAGAGCUGCUGGUUGCGGCUAAAAGGGUGAAGGCAGAUCUCUUAGGAGGCCGUCAGAAGUCAAACCUGUCCGGGUGCCUGCCAUUUAUACAGGUGUUCUACGUCGAUAACCUAGACGCUGCAGAGAACAACAUCGACCACACGGUAUGGCCUAGGGUGAAAGUGUACACCUACACUCUUAUGAAAACAAUAAUUCAGAAGGAUGUCAAAUCACGCAAAGGAGACUACCCCGUUGUGUAUGGCAGGCUGCUGCCAAGGGCGGAAACAGAAGUCUGUUACCAUAGAAACCCUAUGAACAGGAAGAUUGCCGCGGGCACAUCAACGGGCACGGCCCACGGACGCCCAGUCGCAUCGGGCUGCAGUUCGAUAGACAUAAAGGAGUUCACAUCCAGGUGCGAAGAAGUGCUUCUUUCAACUGCAAGGAAGAAGGAAGAGGAAAAUCACCGCCAUUUCAAUGCGCUAAAUAGCCUUGAAAAUUCAGCUCAGCACACAAUCAAGAGGGAGGCGAAAAGGGUGAGAGACGGGUUCUUUUCGUUCUUCUCAAUUAUCGAGAGGCAAGACGCCGAGAUGAGGACAAGGAGGAAUGACACAAGUAACAAUGGCAACUCCACGGGGGGCCGCGGCGCAUCCCCAAUAACACACUCACCUGGACCUGCAGCUAGCAAUGCUGCCGCAACACCUCCAGACACAAGGAGAGAUCUGCGCAACAGCAACAUAUCGCCGGAAGUCGUUGAGGUUUCCCCCCGACGCUUCAAGAAGACAGCCAAGAAACCCAAGAAAGUAAGGUUUGAGUGCGAGGCUUCAGAUGUCAUGGAUAUCACGGAUUCAGAAGAUAAUACAAACGUGGUCAGUUCAACAGUCGCACCAAUUAAUUCUGCCACCACACCAGGAGGUUGUCGCAUUCAAGGAAACUCGCCAAGCAUAAACCUCGCUCUAGACAGCUUGAUAACAGAAGCGGAGAGAUAUAGCGCAGGAGGCAAGCAAAAUGGUGAGAGUUCCGCUGCAACAAACAAAUCAAUAAUGGACAUUGUACCAGGAUUGUCAACAUCCGACGUCGUCGGUGCUGCGGAUGUUGCUUCAACAUACCCCGUUUGUUGCGCUCAAGACCCUAAUUACCACCACAACCGCCUAUGGAACUACCCUGAUGGACACCCGCUUCUUGAGGAGACAGCAUCAUUUGACUUAGGGGUCAUCACGCCCCCUUGCAACAAGUCAAAGGGCCCAAGCCUGGUUAGCAUCGCUGCCAUGCGGGAUGUCACCCGCAGAGACCUUUUCGGGGCAGGCGACUUUGGAACCAGCACUCCAGGUUCAGCCAACCUCGGGACACCAUCAACGCCUUUUCACAUAGCCAGUGCAAGUCUAGACGGAACUCAACAACGGCAAAUCGUUCAUGACAUAUCACCGGUUAGCUGCACAAGGUCUGUGGCAACCGGGAUUUUAGACUUUAGAGAAGAGGUGGAGGCAGACUGUGUCAAUCUCAACAAGCCGGUAGAGGAAAAUUCACUAUCUGCACCGCCACCGAAAAGGAGAGUGGUGCCCGGACCUGCCGGACGAUCGCCAUUCAUUAUGCAGUACCGUCUGUCUGAAAGGGCGUCCGGAAACGCCACCCACUUAUAUUUAGUGUUCUCCCAGAUGAGUGGUGCAGUGUUAAACAACAACUGGGUUGUUAGCCCAUACCCCAGUUACAUAGAAUUGACGGGAGCCAUACUGAAGAAGCAGCUUAGCGUUGGAGGGUUCAUAGAGAUAGAUCUAAUGAAUGUCUUCAUGAGAAGAUUCCAGCAGCUGGAGAAUGUUUGGGCAAGGAAAUAUGGCGAUUCGACCUGGAGGCAUUACCCGGAGCCAGAUUUCGUGAGCCACGUGUUGCGCGGCGGUGAUUUCAUUCGUAAUGACUACGUAAGGAACAUUUUUGUUGGCCACCAUAUAUCCCACGAUGUCAACAGAUGCCCUAUGAUGAUAUUGCCAGUGCAGCACACACACGCAUGGUCUACAUAUUUCUUUGAUUUUCCGAGAAGGAGAACAACAAUUCUCGACCCUAUGAUAAACAAUGGAGACAGGCCGGCGGACGAACUCCGCAAUGAGCACAUAAAGAUAGCUCAUGAGCUACGUGCAGCGCUAAUGGUUUGCAUAGCAGAAUACUUUGAUGGCUGGGCGCCCAAGACGAAAGGGUGGCAAAAUUGGUUCCCAAAGCUCACCACUGGACCUUGGGUCUGCAGCCGGGCAUCCAGCGGGAUCGUCGCACUGCACUACGCAAGGCAAUGGAUGGGGACAAAGUUACAGCGCACCCUGUCUCCGAUAGGGGAUGAAUUCGAUCAGUCCAGGAUGAUGCUCCUUUAUGAAGUUCUGGGACUGGGCGGCAACAUCGGGCAACUUCCGGCGAAAUUCAAAGUCUGUCAGACAGACUGCUGA